CUUUGACGAGUUGGGCGCUGAGUCAUCUUCUGAAAGGCUGUAAGGCUGCGCAUCCAAGUAGCUUGCAAUGGCAUGAAGAGGUGCGGUCCAGUUGGCUGCAAAAACAGCGUGCUAAUAUGUAACAAAAGGGACUUCACAUUUCCCCAUGCAGAUCUGGAAUGCAGUGAGCCUCAAUGUAACAGGACGUGGCAGUUGCAUCCGAGCCAACCGCACUCCACAAGCGUGCUCCCUUUGAUGACUCGCACCAAGGGAAGCUAUUAUGGCUCCUGAUUGGUAAAAGGAGAGCCUCUGGACAUUGCGGAGAGCACAAGGGCAGGGCUGCCCAAGGGGUCCAGUAACAAAGGUGCGGUUAGUCGCAAACUCGUACCUGCUUCGAUCUGUCUUUCGCCGUCGAUCUGCUUCAAGAUUGGCAAGGUGACCAACCAGAGAUGUUGUUUGGACUGUUUGCUCCAAAUGUGACGUGGUUGCUGUGACGAAUUAAUAUACAUACGGCUGACAUAUAAGUGAGUGGCCUUGCGUUUGAGUAUGGGGGCAAUGCCAGUGCCGGAGCAAAGAAUUAGUGCACACAACGCCGUAAAGGUGUGAGUCUCGCAUUGCUCAGGUAACAUGACACGUUGUUGCUUCAACAACCGGGGAGCGGUAAUCCAUAUCGAUGCAGCCGUCUUCGCGGUUGUCAAAUAAUGGCAGCAAAGCCCCCCAAACACUUGGAAACCCGCACCCAACUGACUGCCCAGCAAAGAUUUUCCCCCCAUAGUCAGCUGCAUUGCCCGUCAUGGCGGAUGCAACUCUUCCUGUGGGAGCGAACUCGGACGCCUGCGUCCGAAUGGUGGCCCUCACUUCGGACGCCCUAGCCGCGCUGUCCGCAAUGGACGAUGGCUGCGAGGUGCGCGCGCUCCUGCUGCUGAAACAAGCAGCGGCGCUCGGGAGGGGGGCCACGUGGCAGGCCCGGGAGGGGGACACGUGGAAAGCGAAGGCGGGCCUGCACACCGCAUUCGCGGAGGUGUAUGCGUGGAUCGGCGAUGCGAAGGAUUUGGAACGGGCGCAGGCAAAGUUUGCGAGGCAGAGUUCGGGAGUAGGGGGGUUUACAACAAUGGGUGGUUUAGAAAGCGCUGAAUUAAAGGAUCCUUCAAAAGGCGGAAGUGAGCUGCAGAGGAAUGGGGAUCAGUCGAAGACGGGAGUGAUUGACACACGCAGCGCGGAGGAAGGCAGCAGCUCAGACCCGUUUGGAGAUCUGGUGUCAAGCGACGGCGGCGGUGGAAGCGAACAGGAGUUCAACGCUCGGGCGUUUGAGUCGUUCAAGGCGCCCUUUAGAAAGCGAUCAUUUGCGGUUGUGAAGAGUUACCGACCAGAAAGCGAGGAGAGGAUUCUGCGUGGAAGCCUGGAUUCCGCAAAGGCAGACAUGGGGCGGCAAGGGACUUUGGGGAACCUUGCCAGCGGGGUCAAAAUAAGCUCGCGUCUUGUUGCUCCGUACCAAACCGCCGCAUGGUGGUACGAGAAAUCAAGGCAAGAACUUGCAAAGGCCUACCAGCUCCAUGCGGACGCCAAUCACCCGGACAAGCGCGCUUCGCUGGCGAUUUUCGUCCGAAUGGGCGACCUGUUCGGACGGCUGGCCAAGGACGAGUCCGCAGCGAGCUGCUACGUGGCAGCAGCAGCGCUAUCCACGCAGCUGGGCAGCGACGAGGCGCAAGAGGUCCGGGACGAGAUUCUGUACGCGGCGUGGGGAUUGAAGACCAAGUGCGGCCGCGCCGUGCUCGCGUCGUUUCCCGACGCGCAGCAGUACCCGGCGGGCCUGAGCGCGCGCGCGCUGCUGUGCAUGCGCGAGGGGCGCUACAAGGAGGCCGAGGUCGCGUACCUGCGCCUCCUGGAGCUCAUGCGCGACCGCGGCCUCGCGGACGCGGACACGCUGCUGCUCGCCAAGGUAAUGCUGCAAGCCCUCCUAAGGGGCCAAAGCUUGCGGACGUUUCUGCACGCUACGGACGGAGACGACGUCAGCAACAGCCACACUCCGCGUUCUGCGGCGGCAUAGCCGGUGCCAGGAUUUAACGCGGACGCUGCAUUAUAGACUGCUUGCUUUAGCUUUCGACGGCCUAUACACGGACUGCAGACUGAGACAGCUGUAACAAUUCAACUAAUAGACUGGACCACGAACUGUAUGAGCUCAGAAAGCUAGCACACGGAAUUACGGAACAGGACAGAGUGGACAGAAUAGACCGGACAGAUUGAUCAGGACAGAGAACUGAAUAGAACUACCUUUGGACGGAUAGGACGGAUGAAGUAACAUGACUUACCGUUAGGACUGCGCUGCAAAGACUCGUUACCAUGAUUCCGCAACAGGAAUCUGAACAAUACUGACUUUUAGACGGGUUGUGGGUUGACGUACUCAGGUUGUAAACAGAGUUCCGGCGGUUGACAUGGUUACGUUGCUUAUCAUCAUCAAACUUACUCGGCCGCGCGGCGGUAUACUGCCAGGCUUUACUCCAAAGAAAGUAAACGAAGCAGCUGUCUAGGAGGCGGACGGCCGCUAGCAACUACAAGAAG